AUGGCAGAACAAGAAGCAGAUAUUGAGUCCAUCAUCGACAGACUUCUCGACGUGAGAGGUUCUAGACCAGGAAAACAGGUCCAACUACAAGAGUUCGAGAUCAGAUAUCUAUGUACAAAGGCCAGAGAGAUCUUCAUCCGUCAGCCUAUUUUGCUGGAGCUUGAAGCCCCAAUUAAAAUUUGCGGUGAUAUCCAUGGCCAGUAUUACGAUCUUCUCCGGUUGUUUGAGUACGGCGCAUUCCCUCCAGAAGCUAACUACCUGUUUCUGGGUGACUACGUCGAUAGAGGGAAACAGUCACUAGAAACAAUCUGUUUAUUACUAGCAUACAAGAUCAAAUACCCAGAGAAUUUCUUCAUUCUUAGAGGCAACCACGAAUGUGCGUCCAUCAACAGAAUUUACGGUUUUUACGAUGAGUGCAAGAGACGCUAUAAUAUCAAGCUGUGGAAGACGUUCACAGAUUGCUUCAACUGCUUGCCUAUUGCAGCCAUCAUCGAUGAGAAGAUCUUCACAAUGCACGGAGGUUUGUCUCCAGACCUCAACACCAUGGAACAGAUCAGAAGAGUUAUGAGACCAACAGAUAUUCCGGACGUGGGACUGUUGUGCGAUUUGCUCUGGUCCGACCCAGACAAAGAUAUAACCGGAUGGAGUGAGAACGAUCGAGGUGUCUCCUUCACCUUUGGACCGGAUGUGGUUUCGAGGUUUUUACAAAAACACGAUAUGGAUCUCAUUUGUAGAGCGCACCAAGUGGUUGAAGAUGGAUACGAGUUUUUCAGCAAAAGACAACUGGUCACCAUAUUCUCAGCGCCAAAUUACUGUGGAGAGUUCGACAAUGCGGGAGCCAUGAUGAGUGUGGACGAGAGUUUGCUUUGCUCAUUCCAGAUUUUAAAGCCAGCCGAGAAGAAGAAGUAUGGGUACGGAACACAACCUCCGCCGGGAGUGCAGUCUCCUAAAAACAAGAAGAAGCCUACUAAAUGA